AUGAGGAAUUACAAACGAAAAACAGAUCGUGCUACUAAACCUGUGGAAGUGAUGCAGCAAGCAGUCCAUUUAGUUUUACAUGAAAAAAAAUCAUUAAGGGAGGUAUGUCGUAUAUUUGAAUUAAACAAAACUUCAUUAGCAAGAUUUAUGAAACGAAUAAAAGACGAUCCUACAGAUAUCAGAUUUGGCUAUAGUGCCCCAAGACAAUUAUUCAAAAAGGAACAGGAAUGCAAAAUAAAAGAAUAUUUGAACAAACUUGAACAUAUUUUCCAUGGUGUAGGUUCAAAAGAAGCUCGUCGCAUUGCUUAUGAUUGUGCAAUUAAAUACGAAAUGAGUAUACCAGAAAACUGGGUUACAAAUAAAAUGCCUAGUAGGGAUUGGAUCACCGCUUUUCUUAAACGAAACACAAGUUUUUCGCUUAGAAAACCUGAAACAGCCAAAAUCAAAGCAAUGUCAUUCAACAAAACUAAUGUGCAAGAGUUUUACACAAAAUUAGCAAAGAUUUUGGAUCAAUAUAAAUUCGCAGCUUCUGCUAUAUGGAAUGCAGAUGAAACUUGUGUAUCAACCGUUAGCAAACUCCCCAAAAAAACUGCUAAUAAAGAAAAGGAACAUGUUGCUGUUGACAAACCAACUGGUGAAUGUGGAACUAAUGUUACUGUAUUAGUUGCAGUCUCCGCCACAGGUUCAUUUAUUCCACCUAUGUUUAUAUUUCCUUGUGAAAAGUUUGAAGAGCGCUUUAUUCAGGAUGGUCCUACUGAUUGCAUAGGUGCUGGGAAUCCAAGCGGUUGUCUUACUCAUGACGAUUUUUUUAUGUAUAUGCAGCAUUUUAUCAAGCACGUCAAGGCUAGUAAAGAAUCACCAGUUUUGUUGAUUUUAAACAACAACUCUUCAUCAUACAUAUCUGUACCAACGUUAGAUCUUGCUGAGGAAAAUGGAGUGAUAAUGCUUUCUAUUCCUCGACAUUGCUCCCAGAAAAUGCAACCGCUCGACGUGGGAGUAUACGCACUUCUCAGAACAUAUAUGCCAUCAGCUAAAGUUGCAUGGAUGCAAAAUAAUGCUGGAAAGAUAAUGACAAUUUAUGAUAUCCCUGAAAUCGUUCGCACUGCUUUACCUUUAGCUUUAGAACCUAACAACAUAGUGAGUGGGUUUGAAAAAACUGGCAUAUUUCCCUGCAAUAAAAAUAAAUUUAGCGACGCUGAUUAUGUGUCAUGCCCUAUGGAGGAAGACAAAAAUGAGACAUCAAACAUGGAGCAGCCAUCAACAUCCACGUUUUCUCUUUUGCACAACAUAUUGAGUGGAUUUGAAAAAGCAGGAAUAUUUCCCGACAACCAAAAUAAAUUUGGCACAGCUGAUGAUUUUGCGAUAAAUCCAACGGAAAAUGAGCCACAGCCAUCGACAUCGACGUCAGGUUUGUUGUCAAAUGCACCACAGCCUUCUACAUCAUUGGAUCCAGAAGAACCAACGUCGAGUGAAACAGAGGUUGAAACUAUUGAAGUAUUAAUCGAUCCUCUAGAAUUAUUUUCAGAAAAAUGA